AUGAAGCCCGCUGUCGCUGCCACCUUGGCCGCUUUUGCGCUCGCAGAGGUUGUCUCUGCCGACGUCGCCCGUCCUCACUUCACCCCCACUGCCAUCAAGGCUCCCUUCAUUGAGCAGUUCACUUCAGAUUGGUCGGAACGAUGGUCCACUUCCCAAGCCUCCAAGUUCCAAAAGGAGGACGAUUCCGAGGCAUUCAAGUACGACGGUGUCUGGUCCGUAGAGGAGCCCGAGGUCUUCCCUGGCCUUGCUGGCGACACCGGUCUCGUGCUCAAGUCCAAGGCCAAGCAGCACGCCAUCUCGCACCUAUUCGACAACCCCAUCGACCCCAAGGGCAAGCCUCUCGUCGUCCAGUACGAGGUCAAGCUGCAGAAGGGUCUCAGCUGCGGUGGUGCCUACGUAAAGCUCCUCUCCGCUACCGAGGCCGGCGUCACUCCCGAGGAAUUCUCGGACAAGACGCCUUACACCAUCAUGUUCGGUCCCGACAAGUGUGGUCAGACCAACAAGGUUCACUUCAUCUUCCGUCACAAGAACCCCAAGACAGGCGAGUUCGAGGAGAAGCACGUCAAGUACCCCGCCUACCCCAAGCUUGCCAAGACAUCGACGCUCUACACGCUCGUCGUCAACCCCGACCAGUCGUUCGAGAUCUUCAUCAACAACGAGUCCAAGAAGAAGGGCACUUUGCUCGAGGACUUUGAGCCUCCCGUCAACCCGACUGCCGAGAUCGACGAUCCAGAAGACAAGAAGCCUGCCGAUUGGGUUGAGCAGGCAAAGAUCCCCGAUCCGAAAGCUACCAAGCCCGCCGACUGGGACGAGGAUGCACCGCUCGAGAUCCCCGACGAGGAUGCCGUCAAGCCCGAAGGCUGGCUCGAGGACGAGCCGCUCACCAUCCCCGACCCGGACGCACACAAGCCCGAAGAGUGGGACGACGAGGAGGACGGCGAGUGGUUCGCUCCCAGCAUCCCCAACCCCAAAUGUGAGGCUGCAGCCGGAUGUGGUGAGUGGGUUCGACCCGUGAUUCGCAACCCGGCCUACAAGGGCAAGUGGUCAGCACCUCUCAUCGACAACCCGGACUACAAGGGUGUCUGGGAACCACGCAAGAUCGCCAACCCCAACUACUACGAGGACAAGUCUCCCGCCGACUUCAACCCCAUCGGUGGUGUUGGCUUCGAGCUGUGGACCAUGGACGAGGACAUCCUCUUCGACAACAUCUACAUCGGCCACGACCCCGCCCAAGCCAAGGCGUUUGCGGCAGAGACGUUCGACGAGAAGAUCAAGAUCGAGCAGGGUCAGGAGGACAAGGAGAACGAGACGGCUGCCAAGGCGGCAGAAGACGCCGCUGCCGCCGCCACCGGUUUCGUCGGUCAGGUCCGAUCCCACGUCAACACGUUCAUCGGUCGCGCGCGCCAAGACCCUGUCGAGGCCAUCAAGGAGAUGCCCCAGGUGGCAGGAGGGUUGGGCGCCGCCUUUGCUGGUCUCUUGGGUCUCGUAGGUCUCGUCGGAGGUGUCUUGGGCGGUGGCAGCAAGGUCAAGGUCACCACCAAGGACGGAAAGAAAGUCGAUGCUCCCACCGCUGUUAAGGGCAAGGCUAAGGAGGUUGCUGAGAAGGCAAAGGCCACUGGUGUUCAGGCGAAGGAUGCUGUCAAGAAGCGCACCAACGCUGUCGCUGCCAAGGUCGACGAUGCCGCUGAUGAUGACGAGUGA